AUAUACAUAUAUACAUAUGUAUGCGUGUUUAACCGCUGAAACAACUACAUACAUACAUACUUCAAUUCGUUAGCAAAUAUCGUCUCGAUGACGGUCCCGGUUUCGACGCACCGACUCGCAUUGAGUAAAUUUCUAUUAAUGUAGUGUGUAUAUUUACACAAAGUUAGAGCAAUCACAAGAAGUUAUAUGUAUAUAUACCUACAUACAUAAAUGAUUAUACAUGCAUAUGUACACAAAAUAAAAAUAGAAAAACACGAUUAUUUAAAAAGUGCAACUUCAUGCAUUAAAAAAAAACUCGCCUCCACCAUCAAAUCACCAAAGACUCAGCCGUAAAGUGCAAAACGUACACAUGCGUAUAAAUAAAUAUUAGUUGGCAAAAUAUUAGCUUAUGCGUUUAAAGUGAAGUGCAUUACUUGUGUUGAUGAGUGUGUGGGGCCUUAGCUAGUAUGACCCCUUGUGCGUGAGUUUUGUGCACUCAAGGUACAUACAUACUAUGUACAUACAUUCCAUUCCAAGUUGCGCUGGCCAAGUGUAAAAUUUCUGUGAAAAACUACGUAUUAAACCCGCCGUUCGUAUGCGUUUUCCGUUGAACAUUUGUGCAUGCUUUCUUGCCAACAUCAAUCAAUAAGCAUCAACAGCGAGGAUACGUGUUAAGAGUUUUUUUCUGGAUACAAAAAAAAAAAAAAAAAAUAUACGAACGAGCAACGAAAUGAAUUAUUGCCGCAUUGCGAAUUGGUCAUUGACCGCAGCUCUUUGGCUACUUCCACUCAUAGCUUUGGCCAAAGCAGAAUCAUCGCGUUUCAUCACCACGCCGCAAAGCCAAACCGUCGUCGAAGGCGAUGCCGUUGUGUUUACCUGUCGCGCGACUUCACUCGAUGGACUCCGCUACACUUGGUUGCACAAUAAUGCUCCGGUAAAAAAUUCUACACGUGUGCGGCAAUUGGAAUCGAAUUUACGCAUCGAGGCAGUGCAACGCGAUACGGAUGCUGGGGACUACGUUUGCAUAGCGACAAGUAUGACUAGCGGAGCCCGUCAAGCAUCGCCUCCGGCGCGGCUGAAUAUAAUUUGGAUUCGAACGGCCUCCGUCCAAUUGUUGAGUGGCAAUCGCAAUGAAGUCACUCUCAAGUGCCAUGUGGAGGGCUCUUCUGGAGACGGAAUGCUCGAAAUCGAAUGGUUUCGCAACAGCGAAAAAUUGAGUACCCUUAAAAACAUUGAAUUGCAACAAAAUCGUCUUAUUAUACGCCAACCCCAUGCUGCUGACAACGGUCUCUAUCGUUGCAUUGCCUCCAAUGCGGCCGGACGAGCGAUGAGCAAAAGAGGUUACGUCCUGCAGUGGUCGAACGCCGCUAAUGGCUUGCCUGAGCGGGCCAUUGUUGGAGGAAGUGAUGGUGGUAGGAGUAGCAGUGCUGCCUUCACCACUUCCAGUUGCUUACCGCGUCUUAAGAAAAAUCAAAAAUUACCCAUUGAAGCACUGAAUCAAGUCUUCCUUUGCCGCGGCAAGCGCGGUGGUCAAACAGGCGAAGACAAAUUGCCGGCCGUUAUAGAUGUUACCAUCACUAAGGGUCCAGCCAGCAAACGCGUCAAAGAAAAUGAGCCUCUCGAAUUGCUCUGUGCACACUCGGUGCCAGAAAAAUAUCACCAAGUGCAGCUACGUUGGCGCAAAGAUGGUAAAGUUUUCCGAACAGUGGAAAUCGGUGAUACUGCCGCCGCCUCAACUUCGACGCCUACCGAGUCAGGCAAAGAGCUGACGAUGCGCGAAGAUUCCCGCCUAGUGCUCAGCCGCUCCAAUGGCUCACUUCUGUUCACGAAUGUGUUUGCCAGCGAUGCCGGACAAUAUGUUUGCCAAAUCUACGUGGAAGGUCAUCGACCGAUUACUUCGGAGCCUGCUGAGUUACAAGUCAUCGAACAGUUGAAGUUCAUGCCGCAACCGACGUCAAAGAACUUAGAACUAGGCAGUGUGGGGAAGGUGCAUUGUAAGGCGCAGGGAACACCACCGCCACAAGUCAAAUGGAUACGGGAUUCCUACGGCCAAUUGCCCGAAGCAGUCGAUGACAUUAACGGUACAUUAAUAUUCAAGAAUGUCAGCACCGAGCAUCGCGGCAAUUACACCUGUGUGGCAAACAAUUCACAAGGACACAUCAAUGCCACUGUAAGUGUGAAUGUAGUGGUAGCGCCGCGUUUUUCCGUUGCGCCCGAAGGACCCAUCGAAACAGGCGAAAUGGGGCUGGCGGUGAUGCACUGUCAAGCUAUUGGUGAUCCCAAACCAACAAUAAAAUGGGAUAAGGAUUUAAAGUAUUUAAGCGAAAAUAAUACGGACAAAAAUCGUUUUCGUUUCCUGGAGAAUGGCACGCUCGAAAUACGUGAUGUACAACCGGACGAUGAAGGUCGUUACGGCUGCACAAUAGGCAACAGUGCCGGGCUGAAGCGGGAGGAGGUGCGCUUUGUUGUUAAAUCCUCCGAAGGUGCGACCUCUGAAGAAUCAGGUGAUGGCUUCCUUAUCACACGCGCCGUUCUCAUCACUAUGUCUGUGGCGUUUGCCUACAUUAUCCUGGUUGUGGGCUUAAUGAUUUGGUGUCGCUUCCGUCGUCAAGCGCGCAAGGCACGUCUAAAUGAAAUGAAUAAAGAUAACCCCGAGUCAGGUGAACUGGGCAAAUUACCCGAAAAUGAGCCUUGCCUGCCAGAACACGCUUCUUCAGCAAAGACACGCAAAGUAAAUGGUAAUAACAAUCCUCGCGGCAGCGGCAACGAGGCAGCAAAAUCCGAUGAUACAGCCUGUAGCAAUCAUUCAAAGGGUUCGAAACGUUCACAUGCCCUGGACCAGUUGGCUUUGCCGCGCUCGAGUAUCACUGAGUUACUACAGAUCGGACGAGGAGAGUUCGGCGAUGUUUUUGUGGGUAAAGUAAAGGCGUCGGUUAUACGUCAGGUGGACGAAAAAGAUAUGGAAACGGAGAGACACAAUGGUGGCGAAAAUAAUGGUGCAAUUACUUCGAUUGAAAAGCGACGCUCGAAAACGUCAAUGGAUGACAUUGAGGAGAUCAGAGAGGAGCAAGAGGCCGGUAGCGCCGAUGGGGACACAACAUCUACGACAACAGAUGAAUAUAAAUUAGUAUUGGUUAAAGCAUUGAAUAAAUUCAAGGAUGAAAAUAUUUGCCAUGAGUUUAAAAGACAAAUCGACAUGUUUCGUGCCAUUUCACACAAAGGUGUGGUGCGUUUGUUUGGGCUAUGUCGCGAGAAAGACCCUCAUUAUAUGGUAUUGGAGUACACAGAUUGGGGUGACCUAAAGCAAUUCCUCUUGGCCACUGCGGGCAAGGUAAACACCUCGAAUAAUUCGUCGCAGUCGCCUCCGCCGCUGGUGACAGGGCAAAUCUUGGCGGUGGCAUACCAGAUUGCACGUGGAAUGGAUGCAAUUUACAGAGCGCGAUUCAUACACAAGGACUUAGCCACCCGCAAUUGCGUAAUCUCUAGUGAUUUUAUCGUAAAGGUCUCAUAUCCCGCUUUGUCCAAGGACAAAUACAGUCGAGAGUAUUACAAACAUCGCAACACUCUACUGCCCGUGCGUUGGUUGGCGCCUGAAUGUAUCCAAGAGGAUGAUUACACCACAAAGAGUGAUAUCUUCGCAUUUGCCGUUAUUGUGUGGGAGCUAUUCAGUCAAGCCACAAAAUUACCCUUUGAAGAGCUGAGCAACGAAGAGGUUAUACAACGAAGCCAAAAUGGAAAAUUGGAGUGGGCAUGUGCGAAUGGUACACCAGACAGUUUGAAGGAGAUUUUGUUGGCCUGCUGGAACUCAAACCCGAAAGAACGACCCUCAUUCAGUCAACUCUGCUCUGCACUCAGUAAAGCAAUGCAAAAUGGUGAUAAGUAAAUAUAUAUACAUAUAUUUAUGUAUGUACGUUUUUCUACUUACUUUUUCUACUACUCCAAUUAUAAAUAUGUAUGUACAUACUAACAAAAGAUUGGCAUAAAUUUGUAAGUCUUAACUGAGGGGUAAUAUAAAUUGUGUUAAACACAUCUUGAAAAGCAACUUAAAGCCUAAAUUUUCGUAGAAAUAUUACGCGAUAAAUCUGCCAAAAAAUUGCCAUUUUUGUAAAAGAAUUUAAAAACUAUGAUGCAUACACAUGUGUAUGUAUGUAUGAACGUGUUGUAUGUACAUAUUUUUGGCAACAGUAAAUCUGUUCUAUAUUCUAAUAUAUGCAUAUGUAUGUACGGUUUGACAAACGCCUCUUUUAACAUUAUUAAAAUAAAAGUGCAUAUUUUAAAAUAAAUGUUCACAAAUAAAUACGUACAUAUGUGUACCACUUGAAAACUAGGAUUAAUUGCAAUCAGUGUUGCCACAAAGAUUUUUAAUUUUUUACCAAAUUUUUUUUUACCACAUAACUCAAAACCAAAAGAUGAAACCAGCAAAUGUAUCGUUAAACGAUAGAUAAAAUUUACUUUUACAAUUUCAUAAAUGGGUCACAUUCGUAUUUAAUCGCAAAAUUGUAAUUAGUCCUGUGAAGUUAUUUUCUUUGACCAUUGGUUCCCACAGGUAAAAAUUAUCCAAAACCCUGAUUUGUGGGACUGUAGGGACUAUGAUCGAGCCGCCAUAUUGGGAAAAAUGGGUUGUUUCCUUAAAUUGCUAUAUUGCGAACUCAUACUAAAAGUUCUGAGUUGUCAAGGCAAAUUGUUACAUUGAGGAGCCCUUUCAAUUGUUGGCUUUCUUAAGGUGUAGACACAUACAUAUGCAAGUACAUAAGCAAUUUUUUUUGUUAUGUGCAAUUGUAAACGUUCAAUGUUAUACAUUUUUAUAAGUAAUAAGCUAGUAUUAAAAACUUAAA